AGUAUGUGAGGAGAUCGCGGAAUAUAUUAUGCUGUCUUGUUCGUAUGAAGACCCACCUGCUUCAGGGCACAAGGCAACUUGGACUAUUGUUCUCUGUAGUAAUUGACGCAGGUAAAGAGGUGCGGAUUUUACUGUUAGCCGUCCGAGCUGUCACUCAUCGUGGAGCGCAGAUGCUGCCAACAAACCCGAGCCGCAUACUUAAAAAAAGAGCAGAUGGACCCAGAGAGGCACGCAUCAGUGUGGUGUACAUCUAUCCAAUCGAUUGGAUUCUCACCUGACAAAGGGGCAGAUGUUGGCAACGUGACAACAGGAAACAACGUGUUAAACUGUUCAAGGUAUCAGGAAUACGUGCAUGAGCAGCCCAGAAUUAAUUCAAGUUCGGAGACCGAGGUAGUGAAUGUUAUUGAGCCCAAAUGCUGUUUUUCGUGUGAAACGCAGGCCAGCUCAAAGCCAGGGAUAGAAAACUUCUAUUUAGGCAGUAGCAAGCCAAAGGAGAUGACAGCCAUGGACACUGAUGACCUAUCCCAGCUUGUUGGAGCUUUGAAUGAGGAUGCUGUUAUCAAGUUGCUGCAAAGCAGAUUUAAGAAGGGGCUUUACUUUACCAAAGUGGGCCCAGUGCUGCUACUUGUUAAUCCCUGUGAUACUGUGUUACCUCCCCAUCCUCUGGCGUGUUCAACCGUCAGAGGGCAAGAGUAUUUAAAAGAAAUGGUGACAACAGCUGCCGCACAGUUGGCUGAAACUGCCCACACGCAAGUCAUCACACUCAGUGGUGAAAGUGGCAGUGGGAAAUCCUCCACAAUCUGUGGUCUGCUUCAGCAGAUGUACGAUGUGCUGGGAGGGGGAAUAGCAACAGAUGCCUACAAACAGCUCAGUGCUACCAUCACUGUGUUACGCUCAUUGGGAUGUGCAGCAACCAGCAUGAACCAAGAUUCCACGAGAAUAGGUUACUAUUUUGAGAGCCAGGUUGCAGAUGGAUUGCUUUACAGAACCAAAGUCCACUGUUACUUCCUAGAUCAGGGUAGAGCAGUUGGUGCUGGUUCCAGAGGUAAAAACUAUCAUAUAUUCUACCAGUUGCUUGCUGGCCUGAGCAAAGAGGAAAGAAACAAGUUUCAUCUAGACACUCACACUAUCCAGUCUCUGAAUUAUCUGAAAGAUGGCUGUCACUCGUGUGAUGAAAAGAUGGACAAGGAGAGAUAUAAUGCAUGGAAGGCUUCUUUGGCAGAACUGGGAAUCCCUUUUUCUGAUUUAAUUCGUAUCUUGGCUGCAGUUUUAUUGUUAGGAAAUGUUCAGUUUGAACAAGAUGGAUUUGGACAGCUACAAGUCACAACCCAUCAAGAGAUAAAGGCUGUGGCUGGUCUCCUUGGUGUAUCUGGUUUGUCACUGUACAGAGGCCUGACAACUGUUUCCAAGAGCAUAAAAGGUGACAUUAUCAAACAAGCUGCAUGUCCAUCUAAGGCCUACAAGAACCGAGAUGACCUUGCCAAGGCGCUAUACAAGCGUGCAGUGAUGGCUGUCGUGAGACGUGCAAAUAGUUUGAGACGCCUCAGUUCUGAAUUCUCCCUUAGUAUUGAUAGCAGUGACACCUCCAUGACAGGAUUAGGGUACAGCUCCAGUAUGAAAUCAGCCUCCCCUGGGAUUGGUCCACAAGAGGGCGUGAUAGGAUUACUGGAGAUGUUUGGUUUUGAAAAUCUGCAGGAAAAUGGACUGGAGCAAAUGUGUGCCAACUUGUGUGCUGAAACCAUACAACACUUUUACAAUAGCCAUGUCUUCAGAACACCUGCAAACAGCUACCUAGAGGAGGGAUUGCAAGAUGUGAUGGAAAUACCAUUUUUUGAUAAUGCUCCCCUUAUUACAUUUAUUUCAUCACAGAAAACGGGCAUUCUCCACCUCCUUGAUUCAGUGUACACCAACACUGGGAGUGCCGAGGAUUUUCUCCAUACACUAGAACACCAGUUAGCAGUGAGAACAGACAGCAAUAAAUAUAUUGAAGUCUACGAGGACAACCAGAGCUUCAUUAUAAAACAUUAUUCUUGCCCAGUGAAAUACAAUACUUUAGCCAUGUUAGAAGCUAAUACAGAUGAACUGGAUGAAAAUGUGAUAGCAAUUUUCUCCAAACAAAACUGUAAUUUUGGAUUUGUAGCCCAUUUGUUUUCAAGUGAGCUCAGAAAAAUGCAAGGUACUGGUGGAGGCUGCUACAGGGUAUCCACAGGUGCAACUGGAUGUGAUUACAGUCAAGGUAGGACUUUCUCACAAGAUUUUCACUGCAGUUUGGACAAUUUGCUGAAAGCGAUAGCCUCUGCAGAGCCACACUUCAUAACCUGCCUUAAGUCGAACCUAAAGGGAGAAGCAUGCAUGUUUGAUGAGGACCACAUUUUACAACAGACCAGGGCUUUGCAGAUAGCAGAAACUGUGCAGCUAAUGGCUGGAGGCCUCCCUCACAGAAUGCGAUUCAGAUCAUUUUGCAACAGGUACUGGUUUCUUAUACCAUUUAGCAAAAGAAAAGACAGGCGCACAGAAAAACCAGAAAUUCUUUGCAAGACUGUACUAGAAAACUACCUUAAGAUCAUGGACGAAAAUGAUCAGCCAUAUACAAGUGCCAACUGGAUGUUUGGAAAGAGAUCUGUGUUCUUCAGUGAAAGUGCCAGACAACAGUUUGAAAAGUCCAGGAAGGAAUUGUUUCACCGAGCUGCCAUUGUGAUUCAAACUGCAUGGAGGAGGGUCAAAUGUGUCAAAGGAUGGCCAUUGCUGAAGAAACAAUUAGAGAUGAGAAAAAGACGGAGAACACCCGUUUCUGGAUUCAAGUCCAGACGAAGGUCCAAAACGGCCACCUGCAUCAGCUACAAGCCAAGUGCACUGUCCCAAAUAAGCUGCAAUAAGACAGAUGAAGAACUAAAGACAUUCCAACAUUUUGCUAAUGUCUAUGGUCUAGAAACGGUGACUGCUCCUCCACCAGUUCCAAACAAACGGGAAUACACUGUUGUUGGAAAUAUGAAACAUGGUUUCCCACAGAGAAGAAAAAUGAAAGAAAGUUUUUCUGAUGGGCAUGGCAUUUUGUAUAAAGGUGAGGUUGUAAAUGUUCAGGGACCGUCAUCAGCCAUUCCUGGUGCUCUACUUGUGUCAACUGGAGAGAGGACAACGCAGGUGCCAUAUCAUUACACAGAGUUCUCUGGGAGUUAUCUGGAUGCGUCUGGUACAUUUGCUGGUCAAGAUGAAGGAGUUUGCAUUUAGGACAGAAACAUAUGAUCAACACAAGCAAAAGGAAAUCCUGCAUGAU